AUGCUUUAUUCAAGCACUGAGAUAAAGUACUCGUCCAUCGCAGUGCGGCGAGUAAGGACACCUCAUCUAUCUAUUUCAGGUCCCGCCGUCAUCCCGAACCUUGAAAUUCACCUCCGACGUUGCCCACUACUUACCAGACUACCGCGCCACACGCCCCUUCUCCCGCCGGCCAUGCAACCUGUUGAGGAGGCCGACUGCCGUCCCAUCCCGCCCAACUUUAGCUUCGUGGUCGACGACGUCGUUCUCGCUUACCAUGGCAGUCUUCUGUACGAGGCCAGGGUUCUAGACGUCGAAGCGGACGAGGGCCAACCUGCCAAGGCCUAUCUCGUCCAUUUUCAGGGGUGGAGGAAGUCAUGGGACGAAAAAGUCACUGCAGAACGCGUCUACGAGCACAACCACGUCAAUCUAAAGGUUGCCCAUAAAUUGUUAAAUGGUGCAAAAAUGAGGCAACAGGCCUUGUACCCUGUGAAUGCAGAGAAAGAAGACCCCGCAAAACAAGUCAACGCCCCUCCUUCAGCACCACCGAAUGCUCUCUUUCAGAUCCCAACCCCGCUACAGCGACAGCUCGUCGACGAUUGGGAAUUUGUUACGAAGGAGCGCAAACUCGUACCUCUCCCACGCGAGCUCAGUGUCCAAGGCGUUCUACACAAAUGGAUCAACGGAAGGAGGCAAUCUACAGACAAGGCUACCAGAGAAGUCGCCGAAGGACUUCAAGCCUAUUUCGAUGUCGCUCUACCCAAACUGCUCCUCUACAAAUUCGAACGGCCUCAGUAUAACAGCAUAUUCCACACUGGAACACCUAGCGAUGUUACUAUUCUCCCAAGCGCUGUAUACGGCGCAGAACAUCUCCUCCGACUCAUCCUCAAGCUUCCCUUUUUGCUCGACACAACUGAUGUGCCCAAAGACACCAUGGAAACCAUAGCCGAAAAAGUCAACGAACUCGCAAAGUAUUUGCAAAAGAACGGAAGAGUACUCUUUUUGACCGAAUAUCAAUUGCAUGCGACAGGUACGCCUGGGAUCACCUGCCCAUUUCCACUGCGAACGCUUUUCCUUGACUAUUUUUCCCGUGUCUUUCCGCUUGCAGCACGUGUGAAUAUCAGAGUAAACGCAUUUUACUACAAAAGCUUCAAACCACACAUGACUGUGGAGAGCUCCUUCAAUUGCGCUGUUCUCGACAGUCCUUUAACCAUCUGUCAAGUCCACCCUUCGUCUGGUGUCAUGGCCUUGUUCUUCAUCGCCCGACACAAGUAA